CUCAAGUCCCCAAAAUUGCACCGAGUGACCCAAGAAUUCAUUCCCCCUUGCGAGGCGUUCGACUACUGAACCAUUCUGUUCAUCGUUUCUUCUCCCCCAAGUAAUCUCUCCUUUGCCCACUUUGUGGGACAAUUUCCAACAGUUGAUCAGAGAUGUGGAUGGAAAUCAUCUUCGGUCUGGUAAUCUAUCGAUUGGUACGCCGUUUCUUCUACGAUGACAACGAUAAACCUGUUGAUUUUAGUUUUAAAGGCUCCAAUGCUCUCUUCGCCGUUGCCGAUAGGCUUCAAACUCUGUAUGGUGGGAAAACUUAUGUUGGGCUUCGAAUUCCUGAUCCUGACACUGCAUCUCGACAGAGUAUUGAUAUAGUCCACGUCACUAAAGGCGGAGCGGUGGUUGUUUCUGUUGUAAAUGCAUCGGGCACAGUAUCAAUUGAGGGGGAUGGAACUUGGGUUUGCAAGGAUGGUUCUAAGCACAAAACCGAGCGUCUACAGGAUCCGAUGGUUGAGGUCAAAAGACAAGUCGCGGUUCUCGAAUCGUAUCUUGAACAGAGGGGGGUUACACUCCCAGAUGGAUAUUUGUCGUGCAAGAUCGUAUGCCCAAAUCCUAACUUCCGCACCAUUCAUCCAGAUUACUUUCCACCUGAAGUCGUAACUUAUGAGCAAUGGGCACUACUAAAACCGGAGAAAAAGAGCAUAUCGGGCUGGAUUAAAGGUGCUUUACCUUUACGUGGUAGUGAUAAGAAUGAUAUGCAGGAAUCCAUACAACAAAAACUUGGUUUCAUCCUCAACACUGCUCCAAUGUGGGAUAGGUUGGAGCUAAACAACAACAAGCGUUUAUUAGGAGAAUUUGUAGAAUUCAAAGGGAAGAAUGAUGAUAUCACAUCCUUAAGAAACAUAAAGAGAUCAAAAGUUAGCCGCGUGAUGAUCCAAAAAACAAGCAUGUUUGGUUUAGCUCAUUCAAAGCUUCAAGUUCUAUACGCACCAAGAGAUUACAGGAGUGAAGGGUUUUCGGGUUCAGAGUGGAACGAAGAAACAGUAAGAUCGAGCACAGAGGUGGUGUUUCAGCUUCAAGAAACUGCCAAAGUUGAGAAAAUUAAAUUGUCGUCAAUAAUAUCCAUGUCACUAAGCCCUUAAAUCUUUCUAUGGUGUUUGCAUAAUCAUCAAGUAUAACUGUAGCGAGAAAUGUAAUGUUAUGUUAAAGCCGCUUGAGAUACUCAAAAAGUAUGAUACAGUGUUGCAAUUAGGGGCCACAUUUCUAAAUUGUGUGAUGUUUUGAGUCUUUACAUAUGCAUAAGAUCGAUAUAUGAAAGGGAUUAAUGUGGUCUUUUAAA